GUGUUUAUUAAACUAAACAAAACUCAAGCAAAAUGAAAUUCGUAUAUUUUUUGGCAAUUUGUGUUUUGAGUAUGGCUGCUCUAGCAAAGGCUGAUAAUAAACCCAUAAAAUUGAUUUUGCCUAAAGAAGAACCAAAAAAUUUGCCUCAACUUUAUGGUGGCGGUGGUGGUUCCCGUAAAGAUGGAUUUGAUGUAAGCUUGGAUGCCCGCCAAAAUGUUUGGCAAAGUGAUAAUAAACGUCAUUCAGUUGAUGUCACUGGUGGUUAUUCUCAGCAUUUAGGUGGCCCCUAUGGUAACAGUCGUCCAGAAUAUCGUGGUGGUGCUGGUUACACUUAUAGAUUUGGUUAAUUGGAGAAAAUUACUGACUUAAUGCAUAUACACUCAUAUUUAUAAAUACAUAGACACUCAUACUUAAAUAUUUCAUAAUAAUACAUAAAUAUAUAAAAUCUGGCUGAUAA